CCCCAAAUGGCCCCCCUCCGCCCACCCCCCCCAAAAGCCCACACCCUCUCCCUAACGCCCCUGCUCCCCUCCCACAUCUACACCACGACGGGCCUCCUCCCCGCCCCCCUCUGCAAAGCCUACGUUACCUUCCUAUCCUCCCUCCAGCUGAGCACGACCCCCGUCCAGCGGGGGAAGGACUAUGCCGCGCGGGUGAAUGAUCGGUUCCAGGUGUGGGACCCGGGGUUUGCAAGGGUGUUGUGGGAGGGGACUGCUUUGAGGGAGUUGGUUUUGUCUUUUUUUCGGAAUGAAGAGGGAGAGGGGGAGGAUGGGGAGGGGGAGGGGGAAGGAGGGAAUAUAUGGGAUGGGGUUCCUAUAGGGUUGAAUCCGAAUAUAAGGGUUUAUCGGUAUUCGACGGGGCAGUUCUUUGCGAAACAUUACGACGACUCCAACACCCUAACCCUCCCCCCCUCAGCCAAAAAACACCACACAACAUGGACCCUCCUCAUCUACCUCUCCACCUGCACAGGCGGCGAAACCGUCUUCUACCCGGAGCCCACGCGCGACAACCGCUCUCCGGAACCGAUCUCCGUGGCGCCCCGCGUGGGCAUGGCGCUGCUGCAUCGGCAUGGGGAGAGCUGUUUGCUGCAUGAGGGGAGGGAGGUUACGGGGGGAGAGAAGUGGGUGUUGAGGAGUGAUUUGGUUGUU